AUGCUUGUCUUCGGAAGUUCUUGUCGGAAAUACCAAAUCCUCCUUAAAACUUCACUUCCUGUUGGUUCGUAUUUUUUAAAGAUUUUUUUUUUCAUUUUCCUGCACAAUAAUUUUGUCUCUUUCUUAGUUCGCCUUUCACCUUUUACAUUUCACCCCCAUUUCUUCUUUUUCCCUCAGAUCCGGUCCCUCUUUUUUCUGGAAAUUAUUUCUAUGAAUUGUCUGUUUACUUCCUUUCUUAAAUUCAAUCUGCUUUUUUUUUCUUUAUUACUCCUUUCUUUUGUCCAUUCUUUUUUCUUUCUUAAUGGUUUUUGUUUUUCAGCAUUUGUCUUUUUUCUUCUAUCAUACUCUUUUUUAAUUUUUAUUUCUUUUGAUGUUUUUUUUUUAUUCUUCGUUAUUUACUUCAGAUUAUCUUUGAUUGCUUUUCUUCUGAUUCCUUUUCUUAUUCCUUUGUUUUAUUCUACAUUUAUUUCUUCUUACUGUCAUUCGAUUUUCUUUCUCUCUGUUUCUUCUUCCUCUCUUUAUUGCUUCUAUAUUUCCUUCCUCUUUUCCUGGUUCCUUUUCAUUCUUUCAGUGCCCUGUCUUUUUUCAUCAUCCUCUCAUCUUUUUAUCGCUUUAUUCAUUAUACUUUUUUCUUCUUUCAUUUAUUCCUUCCUUCUUUUAGUUACGUGUUUGUCAUUCUUCCUCACUUUUUGGUCACGUUAUAUUUGGUCUCUUCAUUCUUUUUCCUUGCCACCUUUUAUUUCUUUUUUUUUUUCAUUCUUUUCGUUUUAUUCGUUUGAGAAUAAACAUAUCAAUGCAAAAAAAUUGAUAAAUAUCUAUCUAUCUAUCUAUCUAUCUAUCUAUCUAUCUAUCUAUCUAUCUCAAACUACAGUGUCUGUCAAUCUAAUUCAGGCCAUAUCCAUGCCAUAUAAAUGUCCCCUAAGCUAA